AAGUAGUCAUUGCGUAGCAUAUGAUGCUCUUGUUACCUUACCUUCCUUCGUUUUACAUUUUGACUGUAAUUCGUGUUUCAUUAUGCUUCCAUAAGCCUCUUCGACGGACGGGUUAUUUGGAUGUGACAUUUGGUAAUAUUCGUCCAUUUCGUUGUUUUUCGACAUCUCUUUUUGAUAAGGAUGAGGUGGACGCUGCAAACCCACCGGUACCACCUCCUCCUCCACGGAUUCCUGCUGAUUUUGUGAUGGAUGAUGUUUUUUCAGAGCAUCGUUAUCGUAACAUUGGGUCAUAUGUUGGUGAAUCUUCUCAUAUAGCUGCUUUGCCAUAUGCUGAGAUUCGUUACCAGGAUAAGGGUUCACUGGUACCUUAUCGCAGUGUUGAGGAAAUAAUUUCAUGUUACAGCAACAAGCUCAAUACACUACUGUGCAACUUUAAUGAGUGGACUGCUUUCUAUAAUCCAGACGGUAAGGAUUCGAUAGAUCUUUCUCUAUACAAUCCUUUAAGCAAUGACAGUUAUUACGUUGUGGUUUUUUAUUGUGCGUGGAAAAGUGAAUCCAUAGCUCUUAAGCGUGCCAUACACCAGUUGUCUGGGCGUUACGAAUUUGUGCGCGAUCCCCCUGUAGUACAUGGCCCCAAGAAAAAAGAAACAUUUCAAGAGGUAUUAGCGCGUCUGGAGGAGUGGGAGCGUCGUCACGCAGAAAUGAUCGAGGAUGCACGUUCUAAGGGCUUACCAGACCCUCCUGCUCCUCCUUUGGUAGAGCGUGAAAAAGUAAAGAUGAUAAUGCAUUCUCUGAACGGUGCUGAAACCUUAAAGAUUUUAGGUCGAAUUCAAGAACAGUACAACGUUCGUUGGUGGAUGCCACACAUUGGUCAGCAAAAGUAUAACAAAGUAUUUUGCAGGGCAUAUAAUGAAUUAUACAAUACUAGCUACAAACGUGUUCGCACGGAGAAGUCUCGUCUUGGUUACAAAAUGAGAAACACGGGAUGUCAACCGGUUAGUGUGGAGAAACAGAAAGGAGUAUUGGGAUUAUCACGUGUGAACUUUAUAUUGGUAAGGUUAGCUAAUUCUUUGAUGUUAUCUAACUCUCGUCGUGGUCUUCAGCGAAUGAGAAGUGCUGUCCAUGGUCAUGAAAAGGAGAUGCAUUUCAACGAGAUAAUGCUAAAAUUGCUUAUUAACCUUGGGGUUUUAUACAAAGAUAUGCCUUCUAUUAGGAUAUUUAGAUGUUCAUCUCCUGUUGAUGAGCUCCCUUCUGUCGCUCUGCAUAAAAGCCAUAUGAAAAUUCCUUUUGACUCCACUUCUAACUUUUAUAAUCCCGAUCCUUUCAAAAUUGCUCGUCACACUUUAUAUGGUUUACCGCCUUUACGCAAAUGCAGUCAUUUAGCUAUACCAUCUGAUUUUGAAUAUAUUGGUGGCAUUCAGGGUUUAUCAAGUCUGAAGGAUCCUCCUAAAAUUCCUGAUUUACUAGAACACACUGAACGCACAAAUAAGAGUGAUUUUCACAGGUUGUUUACACCUUCGCAAUCAAAUAUAAGUGUCCAUUCUGUUUUGGACCCGCUAUUGUCUACUCUGGACCUUGUGUACAAACUCAACUUGAGGCAGAUCAUAGACGCCCGGCCUGUGCCUGUAACCUACGGUUACUUAAAUCCGAAGUAAACAAAACACAUCUAAUCGUAAAUACUAUAUUAAGUUGUCAUUGUGCUGCC